AUGAAAAAAUGACUAUAUUCUACAAAUCAUAAAGAUAUUGGAACUUUAUAUUUUUUAUUUGGUAUCUGAUCUGGAAUGGUAGGAAUAAUACUAAGAAUAAUUAUUCGUAUCGAAUUAGCACAACCGGGGUCAUUAAUUAAUAAUGAUCAAGCAUACAAUGUGAUCGUUACAUCCCACGCAUUUAUUAUAAUUUUCUUUAUAGUUAUACCAAUUAUAAUUGGGGGUUUUGGUAAUUGACUACUUCCACUUAUAAUUGGAGCUCCUGAUAUAGCAUUCCCACGACUAAAUAAUAUAAGAUUCUGACUUCUCCCCCCUUCAUUAACACUAUUAAUAUUAAGAUCAAUAGUAGAAAUGGGGGUAGGGACGGGUUGAACAGUAUACCCCCCCCUAUCUAGAAAUAUCGCACAUGCGGGCCCAAGAGUUGAUAUAUCAAUUUUUUCUUUACAUUUAGCCGGUAUUUCUUCUAUUCUAGGAGCAGUAAAUUUUAUCACUACUGUAAUAAAUAUACGUCCUAUAGGUAUAUAUAUAGAACGAACCCCUUUAUUUGUAUGAUCAGUCUUAAUUACAGCAGUUUUACUGCUUUUAUCACUACCAGUUUUAGCUGGGGCAAUUACCAUAUUGUUAACUGAUCGUAAUAUUAAUACUACCUUUUUUGACCCUGCUGGUGGGGGGGACCCAAUCCUUUAUCAACAUUUGUUUUGAUUCUUUGGACACCCAGAAGUGUAUAUUCUUAUUCUCCCAGGAUUUGGUUUAAUUUCUCACAUUAUUUCACAAGAAAGAGGAAAAUCUGAAUCUUUUGGUUAUAUUGGUAUAGUAUACGCAAUAAUGUCAAUUGGAAUCCUAGGAUUUGUUGUAUGAGCUCACCAUAUAUUUACUGUAGGUAUAGAUGUAGACACACGGGCAUACUUUACAUCAGCAACUAUAAUUAUUGCUGUACCAACAGGAAUCAAAAUUUUUAGUUGAAUGGCAACAAUACAUGGUAUUUCCUCUAAAUUUUCAAUUUCAAUAAUUUGGGCAGCUGGAUUUGUAUUUUUAUUUACUGUAGGGGGUUUAACUGGAAUUAUCUUAUCUAAUUCAUCAAUUGACGUAAUUCUACAUGAUACAUAUUAUGUAGUUGCACACUUUCACUAUGUUCUUUCUAUAGGGGCAGUAUUCGCCAUUAUGGCGGGAUUUAUUCAAUGAUAUCCAUUAUUUACUGGAUUAACUAUAAACCCUAAAUGACUUAAAAUUCAAUUUUCAGUUAUAUUUAUCGGAGUAAACACUACAUUUUUCCCACAACAUUUUUUAGGAUUAAGAGGAAUACCCCGACGAUACUCAGAUUACCCAGAUAUAUACACUUCUUGAAACAUCUUAUCUUCAAUAGGAAGAUUAAUUUCUAUAGUAAGAAUUAUAAUGUUAAUUUUCAUUAUUUGAGAAAGAAUAAUUUCUAAACGAAUCACAUUAUUUAAUUAUAAUAAUAAUUCAUCUAUUGAAUGAUUACAGCUAACUCCCCCCCAAGAACACUCUUAUAAUGAAUUACCUAUAUUAAUUAAGUAA